GGAACGACACGAGUCCCGAGAGUUUCCUUUUGCACAACGCGCUGGCCCGAAAACCCAAGCGGAUCCGAACCGCCUUCUCGCCGUCCCAGCUCCUGCGGCUGGAACACGCCUUUGAGAAGAACCACUACGUGGUGGGCGCCGAGAGGAAGCAGCUGGCGCACAGCCUCAGCCUUACGGAAACUCAGGUAAAAGUAUGGUUUCAAAACCGGCGGACGAAGUUCAAAAGGCAGAAGCUGGAGGAAGAAGGCUCAGAUUCACAACAAAAGAAAAAAGGGACGCACCACAUUAAUCGGUGGAGAAUUGCCACCAAGCAAGCGAGUCCGGAGGAAAUAGACGUGACCUCAGAUGAUUAAAAACACAAACCUAACCCCGCAGAAAUGGACAGCAACAUGGAAAAGAAAAAGCAAACAGACUGGGAAAGAAGGGGAAGAAGGAAAAAAAAUCCUACAAAACAAAAACCGCACACACAUUGAGAAAUGGAGAGAGGAUCUGAGGAGCGACUUUGUGCUUCGCAGACUUUGGACAGCGAGGGCGCUGGGUCCCAGUUGGAGACCAGGCAGGGAUGGCAGAAGAUGGAGACUCCUUCAUCAACGUACAACCCUCGUCUAAAGAGGCAGCUGAGUGAGUGAUUGAAUGAUUGAGUGAGUGAGGUAGAAGGAGGGAAGGGAGAGAGAGAGAGAGAGAGAGAGAGAGAGAGAGAGAGAGAGAGAGAGAGAGAGAGCCAGCCCAGUGUGGCAAAGCUGACCUCGCACUCUGACAAGGGGAGCUGUCAGUCAAAUGCCAAACCAGGGAGACAAGAUGAUUGGCAGGUAUUCCGUUUAUCACAGUCCACUUAAAAUAUGAUAAUAAUAAUGUUUUUAUACAAAAAUCCAACCCAACCAGGCACAGGACUUUUAAUUUUGCACUUCCAAGUGUUCUUCCCCAAUCUUAAAAAAAUUAGUAAUAACAAGUGAAAUUCCAUAUCUAGCCCCAUCCCACACCUGUUUCAAAAACUUGAAUUGCAUGUAGCAGUUGUUGGGUGAAUGGUGUCUAAAAACAAAUGAAUUGUAAUUUUAUUUCCCCUUUCUUUUUUUUAAAGACAGGUUCUGUGUGUUUUUUAAUUUUUAUUUUUAUUUUGGAGAAACGUGCAGUCUGUAAACACUUUUUGAUACCUUCUCUCAUGUCAAAGUGAUUGUGAAAGCUAAAUGAAAUAGGCUUGGAGAUAGUGGUCCUCUUACAGAGAAACGGGGAACAGGAUGGGGUCAGGGAUGGGGGUGGUGUGGGAGGGUGUCCACAAGAAGAAUCAGGACUUGUGCUGGGGGAGGAAAAAAAAUCCUUCAAAUUAAUUAUAAUUCUUGGACAAUCCCUUUCCCAACAUUCUGAAGCUUCAAAAAAUCAUGAAAUAAGCUUCUCCUUUUAGUGGUUGAAGAAAUUGGCGGAGUUCAACCACUCACCAUAAUGAUCUAUUCAAAACUUACAAUCUACCUAUUGCAAAAGCUGAAGGACUGUAGUUAGCAAGGAUAAUGCUAGUGUGCCAAGGACACCGGCAAAUUUUCAAGCAGAGUUUCUCUUCCAAGACCAUAGACUUACUAAAGAGAGUGACAAAUGCUUCCUUAAUGUCUUCUAUACCAGAAUGUAAAUAUUUUUGUGUUUUGUGUUAAUUUGUUAGAAUUCUAACACACUAUAUACUUCCAAGAAGUAUGUCAAUGUCAAUAUUUUGUCAAUAAAGAUUUAUCAAUAUGCCCUCAGA